AUUUCCCAUCUGCGAAGAAUUCUUGCAGAUCUGUGAGCCCAACCCUCUUCAUACGAGCUGCGAAGGAAGAGGCCCUCAACUAUCUGCAUCACUCGAAAAGAAAGAGAGGAAGAAAGACACACCCCCUCGCCUCCUUCAAAGUCCAUUACCGCUCUAUCCGGCCACGAACGACGACGACCACCCCAAAAAGAAAAUGAAGCGCGCCGCCACAUACCCUUUACGCUCUGCUCCCCUCUGCGCCGCUCCCCGCGCCCACCUCUUCACCGUGCCGCGGUCAAUCUCAAGCUCAAAAUCAAGCUCCAGUACACAUGUCCUUCCGUGUCCGUGCGCAUACCCGGGCCUGACCCGCAGCAGCGCCCGCCAGCUGAGCCACUCCGCGCGGCUGAGGAAAGACGACGAGACGUCGCCAUCGUCGACGGGCGCCUCGCCGUUCAGUUUCCGCGGCAUGCCCGCGCCGCCACGGCUGCCCAAGGAGGAGCAGGAGAUCUUCGAGGCGCUGCAGCGCCAGUCGACAGGGGCGUUCUCGACGCCUCGGACGGAGCGGAGCACACCGCCGCCGCGGCCGCAGAUCAACCAGUCGCCCGACUCGUCGGCCUCAGAGCGAGACGACGCGCAGGCCACGGUCGAUGAGCGCGUCGACAGGAUUGCCUCGAGCAGCGGCGGUCCGGGCGACGGACAGCAGGACUCUUAUGACCACGUGAUCGAUGCGAGGGGUUCGGGAGAAGAAUUACAUCCUAACUUGGUCAGAGGGGCGCAGCCCGAGUUUGAGGGAGAGAGGAACCCAAAGACCGGGGAGAUUGGCGGACCCAAGAACGAGCCGCUGAGAUGGGGCCCCAGCGGAGAGUGGACGUAUAACGGGAGGGCUACGGAUUUUUAGAGCGGGCAGAUGUACAGGGACGUGAUUCAAUAUGGUUUUAUUGUGUCAUCUUAGCCCAUGAUGUCCGGUUCAAGUCGUGUCCACCAAACCCCGAUUCAGACCCGUGCGUUCUUUGACCUUUCAAGUUUCUGGGAUUGUAUACCGCGGAUGUCCAUUGCAGUCGUGACAACGUUCUCAUCAAGCUCAUGAAAGUCGGAUUGGUAUAACAUCAAGCUCGUGAAUUGAAAGUUUGCUGAAGAGUCCAUUGUAAAAACCCCCAGUCAAUC